UAGUGCCAACUCUUCCUAUUUAUAUGUGUAGACAAUGAAGUAGCAAUAUCACAUACUUCACCCAGAAAGAAAACAUACACAAUGAAGCCUAUUGCCUUCUCACUUUUUUUCCUCUCCAUUUUUCUUUUGAUUACUCUGUUUCUGAUUGUUGCUUCUGACUCUACAGAAGAAGCACAAGCUCUUCUUAGGUGGAAAGCCAGUUUUCAAAACCAUACUCAGCCUCUCUUGUCUUCAUGGUCCAUUCUCAAUUCAACCAACGUGAGUCAUUGUACUUGGUUCGGUGUCUCUUGCAACACUGCUGGAAGUAUCACUGUCAUUAACCUUACCAGUUGUGGCAUACUUGGUACGCUCUAUAACUUUUCAUUCUCAUCUUUUUCCAAUCUCUCAUCUUUCAAUCUUAGCAUGAAUGCAUUUCAUGGUUUCAUCCCUCCUGAACUCAAUCAUCUCUCCAACCUCAUCCACCUUGAUUUAUCGAUGAAUCAGUUUUCAGGGCAAAUCCCACCUACACUUGCCCAGCUAACUCUUCUGGAGACUCUUGUGCUCAAUGAUAAUAAACUAAACGGCUCAAUUCCUCAAGAAAUUGGUCAUGAGCUAAAGUCCCUCAUUGAGCUUCACCUGCACAAUAAUUUUCUAGGUGGAUCCAUUCCAACUUCUUUGGGUAAUAUGAGUCACUUGACUAAUUUGAAUCUCUACAAUAAUUCACUAUCUGGUUCCAUCCCACCAGAACUUGGUCAGCUCUCCAAGCUUGUGAUCCUUCACUUACACCAAAAUCAGUUGUCAGGGCAAAUCCCACCUACACUCGGCCAGCUAACUAAUCUGGUGAUUCUUUGGCUCAGAGAGAAUCAGUUGUCAGGGCAAAUCCCACCUAUAUUUGGCAAGCUAACUCAUCUCGAGUCCCUUGCGCUCAGUACCAAUCAACUAAAUGGCUCGAUUCCUCAAGAAAUAGGUCAUGAGCUAAAGUCCCUUAAAGGGGUUGUCAUGGACAACAACUUUCUAGAUGGAUCCAUUCCAACUUCUUUUGGAAAUAUGAGUCAGUUGACUAAUUUGAAUCUCGCCAAUAAUUCACUUUCCGGUUCCAUCCCACCAGAACUUGGUGAGCUCUCCAAGCUUGUCAUCCUUCAGUUGUCAAUAAACAGACUUUUCGGGUCAAUUCCACCUACACUUGGCCAGCUAACUCAUCUUGAGGCUCUUGUGCUCACUGAUAAUCAACUAAAUGGCUCAAUUCCCCAAGAAAUAGGUAAUAUGAGUAACUUGACUAACUUGAAUCUCCACAAUAAUUCACUAUCCGGUUCCAUCCCACCUGAACUUGGUCAGCUCUCCAAGCUUGUCUUCCUUAAGUUGUCAAUCAAUAGACUUUCAGGGUUAAUUCCACCUACAAUUUGGCUGUUGAGCACUCUUAAGGGCCUUCACUUACAUCACAAUCGAUUGUCAGGGCAAAUCCCACCUACACUUGUCCAGCUAACUCAUCUUGAGGCUCUUGCGCUCAAUGAUAAUCAACUAAAUGGCUCAAUUCCUCAAGAGAUAGGUCAUGAGCUAAAGUCCCUCAUUGAGCUUCACCUCCACAAUAACUUUCUAGUUGGACCCAUUCCAACUUCUUUGGGUAGCAUGAGUAACUUGACUAACUUGAAUCUUUUCAAUACUUCACUAUCCGGUUCUAUCCCACCAGAACUUGGCGAGCUCUCCAAGCUUUUCUUCCUUCAAUUGGAUCAAAAUCAGCUAAACGGUUCGAUUCCUCGGGAAAUGGGAAAUCUGAGCUCUGUUUAUUAUCUAGAUCUGAGCAAUAAUCAACUCAGUGGUCAAAUUCCAACAUCAUUUGAUGGUCUAAAAAGUAUCGGUUAUCUUUACCUGUACGGUAACAAUCUAUCUGGCAGCAUACCUAAAGAGAUUGGAAACUUGACGGCUCUUGUUCACUUGCAGUUCAGUAGUAAUCAACUCAGUGGUUCACUUCCAGCUUCCCUUGGAAAGUUGAGCAGAUUAGAGAAUUUGCAGCUUAGUCAAAAUUUAUUUUCUGGGUCCAUUCCUAUAGAAAUAGGAAACUUGACGAAGUUGACAAAUCUUCAUUUGUUUGACAAUCUGCUCACUGGUCAGUUACCGGAAAUUAUUUGUAGCGGUAGAUCACUCCAGCGUUUUGGCAUAAGCAACAACCAUUUGGUAGGCUCCGUACCCAAAGACAUUAGAAACUGCACAAGCUUGACUAGAGUUCGCCUUGAAGACAACCAACUAGAAGGAAAUAUAGAUGCUGACUUUGGAGUCUAUCCAAACUUGAUCUUUAUUGACAUGAGUCGCAAUCGAUUUUCUGGAGAAAUCUCACCUAAAUGGGGUCUAUGCUCACGAUUAGCCACUCUAUGGAUUACUAGGAAUAACAUUAGUGGUAAGAUACCUCCAGAGAUUGGAAAUUCGACACAGCUACAUGAUCUUGAUUUUUCUAUGAAUCAUAUGGUCGGGGAGAUUCCAAUAGAGUUGGGAAAGUUGACUAAUUUGUUGAAUCUGAGGUUGAAUGGAAAUCAUCUUUCUGGCCGUAUUCCUCCUGAGCUCGGAUCACUUACCGAUCUCAAAGUUCUCGACUUAUCAAGGAACAUAUUGAGCUUUAUGCCAGAUAGCAUUGGAGCCUUGUCGAAUCUCCAUGACUUGAAUUUGAGUUGCAACAAAUUCAGCCAAAGAAUUCCAAUUCAAAUUUCAGAAAUAAUUCACCUUUCUCAACUUGAUUUGAGUCAUAACAUGCUUAUCGGAGAAAUACCAGCACAAUUCACCAAGUUGGAAGACCUAGUGACCCUAAAUCUUUCUUUCAAUAAUCUUUCGGGUCCUAUUCCAAACACCAAAGUAUUUCAAGGUGUUCCGGCGGAAGCAUUCCAAGGAAACAAAGGAUUGUGUGGCAAUGUGAGUGGAUUGCAACCAUGUCAGCUGCCACACAGGGAAGAUAAACAUGGUUCAAAGAAGAGAUAUAAGAUUGUGUUUAUAGUUGUGUUUCCUCUCUUGGGAGCACUUGCUAUAUGCUUUGUGAUAAUUAUUGUGUUUUGUAAUUUCCAAAGACGAAGGAAGGGCGACCCUGAGAACAACAAGCAAUCACUUACAUUAUCUAUUCUUGAUAGCGUAGUGAAAUUUGAAGACAUCUUGGAAGCAACUAACAACUUCGAUGUCAUGUAUUGCAUUGGGGAAGGAGUUCAUGGAAUUGUCUAUAAAGUUGACCUUCCAUCGGGUGAUAUUGUAGCUGUCAAGAGAUUCCACAGUUUACUUGACAGUAGCAAUUCAGCAGAUCAAAAGGAGUUUUUCAAUGAGGUCAAGGCCUUAACAGAGAUAAAGCAUCGGAAUGUUGUGAAACUCCAUGGCUUCUGCAUACAUUCAAAAUACACAUUCUUAGUCUAUGAUUAUCUUCAGAGAGGUAGCCUGGCCAAAAUUCUAAGCAACGACGAGGAAGCGAAAGAAUUGGAUUGGUGUAGGAGGAUGAAUGUCAUCAAAGGGGUCUCGCACGCCUUGUCUUACAUGCACCAUGAUUUGUCAUUGCCAAUCAUUCAUCGAGACAUAUCGAGCAAAAAUAUUUUAUUAGACAUGGAAUACGAAGCUCAUGUUUCUGACUUUGGCACCGCUAAGCUUCUCAAGCAGGACUCAUCUAAUUGGUCAAAACUAGCUGGAACAUAUGGAUACAUCGCACCAGAGCUUGCUUAUACAAUGAAGAUGACUGAAAAAUGUGACGUAUAUAGCUUUGGAGUGUUGACACUAGAAGUUCUCAAAGGGAGUCAUCCAGGCGAUAUCAUGUCAAGUGCAUCAUCUUCAUCUUCUGCCACUCUACAAGUUAAACUUAAUGAUUUGUUAGACCAACGCCUUUCACCUCCACGGUACAAGGUUCUUGAUAAACUGAACCGCAUCUUAGAGGUGGCCAUUUCAUGCAUAGAUGUGAAUCCACAAUGUAGGCCGGCAAUGCAACUCGUUUCUAAGUUACUAUCCAACUGAAUAUUUGAAGGUGAUCAUGGCUCGUGAAAGGUUUGUCUUUUGAAAAUAGUACUAAAGUCUUGUGCAGUUUAAGGAAGCAAAUUAUGAGAUAACAUGUAAUAAUAUCUGCAUCUCCAAAUUAUUGAUGCUGGGACUAUAAUAGUGUAUGAUCAAUGAGUAAUGAGUGAAUAAAUUUGUAAUUUGACAUGGGAUCUAUAAAUAAAAACAAAAUAAUUGUAACUCCA